CUACCAUUUUCAGCUAAAUAACUCGCAAAAUGUUGUCUGGCUUACUUGGCCGCGCUGCGCCCGCCGCGCCCAGCAGCAGAAAUGUCCAAAUAGCACCGCAAACACCUCGCGCUCCGCUGCGAGCGUCAGGGCAAAUACAUGCACAGCCCACAACAUCAGCGAACACGGUAACGUCAGAGGCGCGGUCAGCGGGCUCGGCGUCAACGUCCGGGCGGUCUUUAUCGGCCAAGGACAAGCUGGCUAUGCUGGAUAAAGCCAAGGAGAAGCGCCUGGAGGCGCUGACGCAGGACGGGUACAACCCUUACAAGACGGGGGCGCCUGGCAUAGUGGACGUGCGUCUCUACCAUGCGGCAGUGGAGUCCCAAAAGCGCAUGAGCACGAAGCUGUCGGAGGCGAACGCGCAAAUGACGCUAAUGGAGCGGCGGAUGGAGGAGACGACCAAGGACCUGCAGGACGCAGCGGCGUUCCUCAAAAAGGUGGCCAUGGAGUUUGGUACCACCAGCCGCCUGGUGGAAUCCACGGCGGCGGCGGUGCGGUUCGGCGUGGACAAGGAGGACGCGGUGGCCAAACUGGUCAAGCUGUGCGAGCGGCUGGAGGCGCUGGAGAAGACGGUGCAGGACCAGCGCGCCGCCUUUGCAAAGCGUGUGCCCAAGAAGGUCCCCGUGGCCUGGGUGGGCGUUGCAUCCGAGGUGAAGCUGAUGGGUGACUUUGACAGCUGGACGCGCGGCUUCGAGCUGUCAGCCGCCAACAUCGACAGCGAUGGCGUGAUCAAGACGUUUGAGGCGGAGGUGCCGCUGCUGCCGGGCCGCUACCGGGCCAAGUUCCUGGUGGAUGGCGGCUGGCGGCUGGCAUCGGACUGGCCCACAGAGAACGACGAGCUGGGUGAGACCAACAACAUCCUCAUCGUGCAGCCCAUGCCCCUGUAAGGCUGUGACGGGUGCGGUUGUGACAGCACUCAACCGGCAGGCGCCGCGCUCACGGCAGGGUGCUGCGCACCUCGGCUCCUGCGCAAGUCGCCCUUUUGACUUUGAGCUGAAAAUAAAGCUGUGAGCUGUGACGCUGUAGCAGUGCUGUAGCAGUGAGUGUGUUGAUGUUGGACAGGUGGGCGAGUGUGCCAGCGUAUGCGGCACAACGUGUGAGCGACGCCGGCUUGACUGCUGGUCAGGCAGGUGCCGGCUCCUGGUACCGGCUUGGGACACUCUGAUUUGCGCUGAGUCGUGGCAGCAUAGGCAUUUGCGGGCUAAGGAUAUUGCCGGUUUCGGACAGGGCAGGGUACGCAAAGCGUGCGUCUUGACUGGGCAAGUGCAAGCGACCUCUACCUGAGCUGCGUGCAAGCGACUCCGCCAAUCAGUCUUGACACACGUGACUCCUGCCGUUGUAAAGCGUCAAUGCCUC